UUUCGGCUCACAGCACUCUUCGCAAGCGAAGCAUGCAGAUGGGGAUAAGGUGAUAGCCGGCAGCGAAGGUACUAUCGUGUCCUUCGUGGUGGCGGCGCGGAGCGGCAGCCAGGACAAGUGUUAAGGACGGCCUGAUCGGCACCACUGGCGUUGCGAUGUCCGGGAACAUACCGUACAUCGGCAGCAAAAUCAGCCUGAUCACGACGUCGGACAUCAGGUAUGAGGGCAUCCUUUACACGCUCAACCGCGAGGAGUCCACGAUCGCGGUGCAGAACGUCCGGUCGUUCGGCACGGAGGGCCGGAGAGUCCCCGAGGUGCCGAUGUCCAACGAGAUCUACGACUUCAUAAUUUUCAGAGGCAAGGAUCUCAAGGACCUGACAGUCCUGCAGGGGGUGCCGGAGCGCACGGCACAGUACCCAAUGGGCUCCAUGGAUUUUAUGGACCAUGGCAACUCCUUGUAUAACCACCAGGCGAUCCCGCCUGCCGUGGACAGCUUCCAGCAGAGCGCGCAGCAGAUGUCGAUGGGAGACCGAGGGGCCUUCCAGCGGCCGAGCGUCGGGAGCACCGCGACCGCCAGGAGAAUGGCUUCGCGCCGGCCGCUGCCAGUCUGCCGGCGGCGGUCAACUCGCACUCCAUGGGGGCGUACCCCACACCUGCCAGCUCUGCAAGCAGGCCUGUGGAGAAGCCCUUCAGCGGGGUCCACGCCAGACAACCUUAUCUCGCGCCCGAGCCGCCGCACCCGCCUCCGCUCGCCGAGCAGACCCGGGCGCCGCUGUACGAGGACGCCUACGGCGUGCCGUCGCGGCGGGAUGCAUCCGAGGAUGGGGGGGGGGAUCUGGGCGUCAAGGCCCAGGCGAGGAUCGGGAGCGACGACGCCAAGGAGACCGCGCCGGUGAGCCCAAGGACAAGGGCGCGAGGGGGCGCGGAAAGGGCAGCGGCCAGAAGAAGCAGCUGUACGAGGUGCUACGGAUGCACAAGACGGCCGAGGACACAAUCGUCAGCCAGAUGCGAAAGCAGAAUUCGGGACACCCCUCGCUGGCGCCGCGCCAGUUGAGAGCCAUGAGCGAGGAAAAUUCGUCGGUGUACCAUUUCUACCUCGACUUCGUGAAUUAUUGCUGCCCGUCGCACAUGGCGCAAAGCGACGAGCAGCAGUGGGAGAGCCUGGGGAAGGCGCUGAAAAAACAGUAUGAGAAGGAGUUCGGCGCCAACCAGAAUCAGAAGCCGCCGCAGCCCCAGCGCCCGAACAACACCCUGGGCGACUUCAUCCCCAUCACCAUCGACACAAACAGCAAGGCUGCGAAGAAGGGCGUGAAGCCCGCCCGCGGGGGCGGCCGCGUGGGAGGCGGGCCAGGUCGAGGCAGAGGUGACAAGAAGGACCCCUCGACAUAGAUGGACAGGGCCCUGGCGACUGCGAGGGCCCCGGCCCGGAGGACGCCGGGUCGCAGUCCACCUCGUGGGUCUGCCCGAGGUGCACGCUGAGGAGAACGAAAACUUCCUCUCGGAGUGCGCUGCGUGUCAGACCUCCAAGCAGCAGGCGGCCCUGUGGGCAGAGUUCCCGCCCUUGGGGUAGGCCGCGCCUGGAAGCACUGAUGGGCAGGGCAUCUGGGCGGGGCCACGCGGGCUAUGACUGGAGCGCCCUCAUCGUGUCACAUCGCCUUUUCUCGAAUCUCGGCCGGCGCGGGCUGGGAUGGUCCCUGCGGGAGGCGGGUUCGUCUCUUCGGGGGGCGGCCGGCCCCCCCGCCCUCUGACGCUUCCUCUGGGAGCGCGGCCGCGGAGGGGAGGGGCUCGCGGUGCGGUGCCGCAGGGUCGGGCCUCACUCCAAAUACCUGUUCGUCCGCGUUGGAGGCCGCUGGCAGCGGCUGGCUCUCAGAGGUUCCGGGCACCGCCUUCUUUGUCUCACGGGGUGCACCUUGGCAGUAGCACUGGGGGCAGACGCCCUGUUUGCACCAGCAGUUCGGCAGUGUCGCCGGGAAUGGCGGCCUAGACAGCGUUAUCCCGCUGGCCCCCGCGGGCCCAGGGCAGGCGCGGGCUGCUCAGCAGCUGGUGCACAGGGAGGGCGCAUGCCUAAGUUUUGGCACAGAAGCUCUGCCAUGGGAGGGGAUCCGUCCGCUUGUCCAGCUUCGGGAUGACAAGUUAGCCUGGAUGUGGGACGGCCCCUUUGACGCGCCCUUUCUCCUGCACUGCCAGCCAGUGUUUUAAUCGCGGAUAUAGCUCUGUGUCCUCUCCUGUAUCAGCUCCAGUCUGUGGUGGUGCGCACUUCCACUGUUGCAAUUGAGUCUACUCUACAGAAACGCCCUUGACACGGCAGCGCAGUGAAUCUCGAAACCGAAA